AUGCGUCGUGCGACCGGCUGCCCACUGAGCCAGAUCUGCAUCCCCCCUCCCGCCGUGCUGGUGAGGAGCUUCCCGGUGAGAUCCAGCCUGGAUCCCUGCGGCACCACCAGCAGCUUCCAGGGCUUCUCCCAGUGUGGGACCCCCUGCUGCUACCCUGGCACCACCACCUACGUCAAUCUGGGUGGCUUGGGCGCGGCCCAGGCAGCCUGCGGGCUCGCGGCCACCUCGUGCGUCCCCUCGUGCUGCCAGGGGGUGGCCGGGUGCACCACGACGUGCGGGAACCCCCGCUGCUGCUGCUGCUGCCGCGUCACCGAGUGCAGCACCACGCGCCGGGAUUGCGGCCAGGAGGUCACCACGUGCGCCACAGCCACGUGCCAGGAUCCCUGUUGUCAGGAGGUCACCAAGUGUACAACCACGUGCCAGGAUCCGUGCUGCCAAGAGGUCACCAAGUGCACCACGACGUGUCAAGAUCCGUGCUGCCAGGAGGUCACCAAGUGCACAACAACCUGCCAGGAUCCGUGUUGUCAGGAGGUCACCAAAUGUGUCACCACUUGCCAAGAUCCCUGCAGCAAGGAGGUCACCAAGUGCACCACAACAUGCCAAGAUCCGUGCUGCCAGGAGGUCACCAAGUGCACAACCACGUGUCAGGAUCCGUGUUGCAAGGAGGUCACAAAGUGUGUCACCACGUGCCAAGAUCCCUGUUGUAAGGAGGUCACCAAGUGCACCAGGACAUGUGUGGAUCCGUGCUGCCAGGAGGUCACCAAGUGUGUCACCACGUGCCAGGAUCCAUGUUGUAAGGAGGUCACCAAGUGUGUCACCACGUGCCAGGAUCCGUGUUGUAGGGAGGUCACCAAGUGUGUCACCACAUGCCAGGAUCCAUGUUGUAAGGAGGUCACCAAGUGCACCAGGACAUGUGUGGAUCCGUGCUGCCAGGAGGUCACCAAGUGUGUCACCACGUGCCAAGAUCCCUGUUGUAAGGAGGUCACCAAGUGUGUCACCACGUGCCAGGAUCCCUGUUGUAAGGAGGUCACCAAGUGUGUCACCACGUGCCAGGAUCCCUGUUGUAAGGAGGUCACCAAGUGUGUCACCACGUGCCAGGAUCCCUGUUGUAAGGAGAUCACCAAGUGUGUCACCACGUGCCAAGAUCCCUGCUGCAAGGAGGUGACCAAAUGUGUCACCACAUGCCAGGAUCCCUGUUGUAAGGAGGUGACCAAGUGCACCAGGACAUGUGCGGAUCCGUGCUGCAAGGAGGUGACCAAAUGUGUCACCACGUGUGUGGACCCGUGUUGUCAGGAGGUCGCCAAGUGCAGAACCAGGUGUGUGGAUCCCUGCUGCCAGGAGGUCACCAAGUGUGUCACCACGUGCCAAGAUCCCUGCUGCAAGGAGGUCACCAAGUGUGUCACCACAUGCCAAGAUCCCUGCUGCAAGGAGGUCACCAGGUGUGUGGAUCCCUGUUGCAAGGAGGUCACCAAGUGCAGAACCAGAUGUGUUGAUCCGUGUUGUCAGGACGUCGCCAAAUGUGUCACCACGUGCCAAGAUCCCUGCUGUGUCACCAGAUGUGCCACCAGAUGUGUGGAUCCCUGCUGCCAGGAUGUCACCAAAUGUGUGACCACGUGCCAAGAUCCCUGCUGUAAGGAGGUCACCAAAUGUGUCACCACAUGCGUGGAUCCCUGCUGCCAGGAGGUCACCAAAUGUGUCACCAGAUGUGUCGAUCCUUGCUGCAAGGAGGUCACCAAGUGUGUCACCACGUGUGUGGAUCCCUGCUGCCAGGAGGUCACCAAGUGUGUCACCACGUGCCAGGAUCCCUGCUGCCAGGAUGUCACCAAGUGUGUCAACACAUGCCAGGAUCCCUGCUGUGUCACCAGAUGUGCCACCAGAUGUGUGGAUCCCUGCUGCCAGGGGGUGACCACACGCCAAGACCCCUGCUGCCAGGAUGUCACCAAAUGCGUCACCACGUGCCAAGACCCCUGCUGCCAGGAUGUCACCAAAUAUGUCACCACGUGCCAAGACCCCUGCUGCCAGGACGUCACCAAAUGCGUCACCACGUGCCAAGACCCCUGCUGCCAGGGAUGCCGCGGCGGCGUCCAGGUCGUCACCAGGUGCGCCGAUUCCUGCGCCACCACCUGUGUCACCCAGACCUGCCCGGUGUGCGGCCAGCGCUGCUGCCCGAAAUUCUGCUGA